AUGUCUCCUCAGAGGCCCUUCCUCUCCAGCUUCUUCGCCGCCUUCCGCCAACAGCCCCCACCCUCCAUGCCACAGUCCUCCGCGCAAGCCUCAUCAGCAAAUAAGCAACCCACCUCGUCGACGACCACAACGUCCUAUUCCGUAUCGACAACGGCGCCCUCCACAUCCCGCGGCAUAGCAGCACAGGCUGCCGCCGCCGCUCAGUCACAGUCCGCGGCCGCCCGAGGCGUCACGUCGCCGCGUGGCAUCCCCAUCCCCCAGCAGCCGCGGCGGCGCGGGAGCGACAGCUCCACCGAGGGGUUCCGCGAGGUGCUCGGCGCCGACAAGAUGUACAUCGGCGGGAAGACGGCUGCCGGCGAGGAGAAGUACUUCAAGCUGGGCAUGGUGAGGAGGGUGCGGAGCGGGGACAGGCUUAGUAUCGACCGGCUGAGUUUAUGA